UUCAACAACAAUAUCCUGGUUAUUUCGUAUAGUCCAACGUUACCCCUGACUUUUGAAGCACGAGUAGUUUUCAUAUUUGAGCAGAUGUAACAGGAAUAUGUAGUUGAAUUGUUCGUGUUCCAAACAGCAUGUAUUAAGUUAACAGUAUCAUGUGAGUGAGCUGUCAUAUGGCACAUGCCAUGGCGACCAUAAAAAUUACCAUUCUCAUAUUGUUUACGUUCCUGAGUGGAAAAGGUGCGCUUGGAGGGUACUCGUACAUGGGCUGUUACGCCGACAGUGACGCCCGUGUGCUGCCCUACGUGGAAAAUUGGGACCUUUUCCAAACGACCUCCAAGUGUGUCGACCAUUGCAGGAACAGUGGAUACGAAUACGCAGGAACAGAGUUCUCGUGGCAGUGCUUCUGCGGAACUGCCGGGAACUUCGCCAGCCUGGCGCCUGCCGUGUCUGACGGCGAGUGUAACAUGGCCUGCCCGGGGAAGCCCUCUGAGAACUGUGGCAGCACCUGGAGGAUUUCUAUUUACGCAGCUCUGGCGCUUUCGAACGAGGUUCGGCUGGUUGGAGGGUUGGAGUCCUCUGAAGGCCGUUUGGAAGUGCGAGUGAUCAACACCGUGAACUGGGGAACCGUCUGCAGCCAGGGCUUCGACAUGAACGACCUUUGGGUCGCCUGCCGAAUGCUCGAGCUCGGACCACCGAUCAACUUCACCGGAGAUACCACGUACUUUGGACAAGGUACAGGGGAGAUCGAAAUGGCCAACUUAGAGUGCUCUGGGCACGAGCACAGCCUAUUCUCGUGUCCAUACGAGAGCGCUGGAAAUCACAACUGCACUCACAGCAGUGACGUCGGCGUCCAGUGUGUAGAAGAAGAGGACGAUGAAGGAGGCAUUGGCCUCGUGAUCGGUAUCUUCAGCGGUUUUGGAGUCGCUUUUAGUGCAGGCGGCGCUUGUGUCUGUUGGUAUCAGAAUUACAGAGCUCGCCGGGCUAGGCAACACCAAGCUGACCAAGCCCGGCGGCAGAUGGAGAUGAUGCAGUAUGCACAUGGCCAGUACACCCAGCAACCGCCUGCACAGGGCCAAUACGGCCCGGAACCAACCCAGUAUGGCCAGUAUACCCAGCCACCGACCCAGCCACCGCCCCAAUAUGGCCUGUACAGCCAGCCACCGACCCAGUAUGGCCUGUACAGCCAGCCACCGACCCAGCCGCCGCCCCAGUAUGGACAGUACACCCAGCAACCGACCCAGUAUGGCCAGUAAACCCAGGCAUCUACCCAGUGUGGUACACCCGCCACCCAGUAGUACACCCAGUGAGACGUGCACUGAGCAGCUAUACUGUGUUCCUAAUAACAUUGCUUUAUUGAGAACAUACAUUUCCUCAAUAUUAUCCACAGAACACAAAUGGAAUUGUUGUUGCUUCUAACAAUAAACAAUACCAACACAACAUCAAGUUUGCCAUUCAUAU